CUGCCUCCUGUCAUGGAGGGCACUGCAGCAGGGGUCUGGGCCUGGGCCCCUCUUUGCCAUAAUGUUGGGGGAGCUGAUAUUUCUUCUGAGGAGCUUCCAUGGCUUUCUUGCUUCUUCUGGCACCAUAGGAGCAGUCUUGGCUUGGUUGCUAAGCUCUAAACCAGCCUUAUUUGGCUUCCUCUUCCUUCUGCUAUUGCUCAGCAACUGGCUGGUCAAGCAUGAACUCAAUCGGGCUCCCUCCCAGCCCCAGACGGAGGUGGCCGAACCAACAGCAGCGGUUCCAGAAGUCAUUCCCAACAACAAUGCCAUGAACAACAAAGAGCUGGAGAAGAUGAAUGCUUGCUUCGCCCUCCAGGAUAAGGUCCUUGAACGGCUGUUGUUCAGUGAGAUGAAGCUGAACGUCUUGGAAAAUCAGAUGUUCAUCAUAUGGAAUAAAAUGAGUCGCCGCCGCCGGUGGACCAGCAGACGCCGGAACUUCUCCAGGAGGCGGCUCAGGACAAGAAGGAAUGUCUCUACUUUUUCCACCAUGUCUAACUAUACUACCAAUACCCUCACUGAAUGCAACUGAAAUAGGCUAGCCUCUGCUGACGUGUCUUCA